AGUGGGGUAAAAGGCACACGUCCGAUCUGUUUGCGUGUUCUCUGGACGGAAAGUGAAAUCGUGUCAUAUGCUAACGUGAUUGGGUAAAUAUCGAGAAGAACACCAUGCAGGGCGAAAGCUUGUUGCCGAUUGACAUCCAAACCAACAAAUUGUUGGAUUGGCUGAUUAGCCGGAGGCACUGCAACAAGGACUGGCAGGCGAAGGCAUUGGUGGUCAGGGAGAAGAUCAACGCCGCCAUCCAGGACAUGCCCGAAGUGGAAGAGAUCACCAACCUGCUCUCCGGAACUUACAUCCACUACUUCCACUGCCAACGGAUUGUGGAGAUCUUGCGGGACACAGAGGCCAGCACCAAGAACCUCUUUGGCCGCUACUCUUCGCAGCGCAUGAAGGACUGGCUCGAGAUACUUCGUCUCUACGAGAAGGACAAUGUGUACCUUGCGGAGGCAGCUCAGAUGCUCAUUCGAACUGUGAACUAUGAGGUUCCUGCUCUCAAGAGGCAGAUUCUCAAGUGCCAACAAGUGCAAGAGGAAACCAUCAAGAAGGAAGCUGACUAUGGCAAGCAUGCUCAGGACUUGAAGGACCGAUACAAGUUGGAGUGCAAACAGCUUGGCAUCAAGGGGGAGUGUGUCAAGAAAGAGCUGCUGCUGCUGCUGGAGGAGCUCCCAGGUCUGUUUGGCAGCGUGGUGGAGGCGCUGCACAAGGCAGAGCCAGCGGUCCAGCUCUACAGGCUCUUCCUUGGGUUCACUCUACCCGACGGCGAAGGCAAGGCCUUGCCCGAGGUGCUCCCCAUGAUGCAGUACCUGGUGUCGCACGGCAACACGAGCACGUACGAGUGGAGGCACGGGGAGCCGCCCGAGGUGGUGGAGGAGACGCUGCCCAUACUCCCUGUGGACGUGGACAACGGCAAUGGGGACGACCAGAUCGACUUUGGUGACUUGGAUUUGAAGGGGGCAUCUUCUGACGCCUCUCCUGCAUCUCCUAAUGGAGACUUUGUUCACGUGGACUUUGGGGAAGGAGAGGAGGCCGUGGUAGUCGCCGCCGAAGACUCCAUCUCAUGGGACAUCAGCGUCGAGGCCGACGGCACGGCUGCUGACGCCCCCGGGGCGGUUGCUGAGCCUGCGUCGGAUCAGGGGGGAGCCAAGGUGGCCAGGGGAGCAGAUGCACUGUCGCUGUUGCACAACCCGGAGACUCGGACACUCUUUCUCAAUGAACUUCAGGAGCUGGAGUGCUUCCUGGCAAUGCGGCUGAGCGAGAUGCAGCUGGAAGGGGACGCCUUGUCGGCCAGCGUGCUGCAGGAGGCUCCUGCAGAGGUGCAGCUCCACACUCGGGAGUCGGUCGGGGCCCUGCUGGACGUGGUGCGCUCCUCCCUGGCACAAAUGACCGCCGUGCGCAUGCAGCACCUCUACCAGCUGCACAGCUCUGCGAA